AUGAACGCCCCAAUCCCACUUGGGCCAGUCGCGACUACCACCAUAGCCAUCGACCCAUACAAUCCUCUUCUGCAAAGAGACCUUGACGAUGGAAACACCCCUAUUUUCCACGUAGUCCUGUACGCCGGUUUCAAGGGUGCGCAUGGCAUUGGUCCACACUGGGUUGGAAUCCUUGAAAGAACUCGCCCGGACAGGAAAACGCUUGCGCUUACCAUCUCAGGACUUGAUCUCACCACUAUGCCCAAAGACGUGUUCAAGCUUCUGCUCCUCUAUUACUAG